AUGAAGCUUAUACUCAUCAAGCCCAAUUCAACUUCAAUUGGGUCUUGCCUUGUGAUUUUGAUUUCCGCGGCUCUCAAAUCCUUACAAGUGGUGGAAAAUGAGAAGGAACCACCACAACUUCCUGCAAAUCCAACAGUAACUCAAAUGAAAAAUUAUAGUGAAGAAAAAGCAAAGAGGUACAAGGCUAAAAGCUGUAUAGAGUCUUCAGUUUUUGAUGACAUAUUCAUUAGAAUCAUGACUUGUGAAACUGCAAAACAAGCUUGGGAUGUGCUUAUGGAAGAGCUUCAAGGCAGUGACAAGACAAGACAAAUGCAAGUGUUGAAUCUUAGAAGAGAGUUUGAAGUCUUAAAGAUGAAGGAGUCUGAAAAUUUAAAGCAGUACAAUGACAGACUCAUGAAGAUAGUAAACAAGAUUAGAUUACUUGGUGAGGAGCUGUCAGACAAAAAAAUUGUAGAGAAGGUUCUUGUCAGCUUACCAGAGAGGUACUGUAAGCAGCUUGGUCACAUAGAGAAGGUAUGUAAAAAUAAAAAACAGCAGCAGCCAGAUCAACAAGCCAGAGUUGCUGACAAACAACAACAGCUAGAAGAGCAAGUUUUUGUUGUGACUUGCUAUGGAACCAGAACCUCCUUAAGUGCAUGGUUCAUUGACAGUGGCUGUACAUACCAUAUGGCAUCUGAUAUCAACAUGUUCAAAGAACUAGACAAGACCUGUACCUCUAAAGUCAGAAUAGGUAAUGGUGAUUUCAUAGAAGUAAAAAAAAAAAGAGUAGUGACAGUUGAGACACCAACAGGUACCAAACUCAUUUCAGAUGUGUUAUUUGUGCCUAAAAUAGAUCAAAACCAAUUAAGUGUAGGACAAUUGCUAGAAAAUAACUACUCUUUAGUUUUCAAAGACAAGGCAUGCACAAUUCAUGAUCCCACUGGCCAUAAACUCUUUACUGUUAAUAUGAAAGGAAUAUGUUUUUCCUUGAAUUGA